AUGGCCCCAAAACCCCAAAGAUGUGUGAACUGGAAACCACAAGAAGAUGAGGCAUUGUGCAGAGGGUGGGUUUCUGUCUUUGAAGAUGGGGCUAUUGGCACGAAUCAAUCAAACGACUCAUUUUGGUUGCGUGUGUACCAAAUUUUUUUGAAAAAUGAUCCGGGUAUGAGCGGAGCCGGGGUACAAUCACCGCAAGCUAUUACUUCUCGGUUCAAGAUCAUCAACCAACAAUGUUCUCUUUGGAAGACGUGUAUAACAAAGGCCAAUGCAAGGCAUGUGAAUGGCUCCAAUCUUGAAGAUGUGGAUAUGAAUGCAAAAACACUUUUCUUGAAUGAUAAUAAACCUCCGAAUAGGCCUUUCAAGUUGUAUCAUGCUUGGCAAAUCUUAAAAGAUUGCCCAAAAUGGAACAACCUAUGUGAAUCUCCCACACAAACAUUCAAAGAUUCUUCUCAUAGUGGCAAUACAGUCAAUUUGGAGGAAGAUGAAGAUGAUGUGGUCAUGCCCACUCCAAGGCCGUUGGGAAGAGAUAAACAGAAGGAUGAAAAAAAAGAAAGGGAAAUGUGUUGA